UUUUGUUUUUAUUAUUACAUGUCUUCCGUUUUCAAACAUCUGAAUGCCAACCAGACAAAGUUGCAAAGCAACUGCAACUGCAACGUCCAACCUUGUCAAGGCACUUCAUCAAUCACCAAAUCGAACGUUUCGAAUAAAAAUAGGUUCUUCCUCUUCCAACGGAAACAGACACCACUCAAUCCUCCUUCUCCACGUGACUCAACUCUUCCUCCAACACUAGCUGAGUUCUUAGCUUAAGCUUAUUGCAGAAAUUUUCUGUGCUGACCCAUAUUUUAUUUCCUUGCAUAACGAGAGAACAGAAGCUGAGGUGAUGGUGAUGAAGGAGAGAGAUGAGGAGCUCUCUUUGUUCCUCGAGAUGAGGAGGAAAGAGAAAGAGAAUGAGAAAAACAACCUUCUUCUCCUUGAAACCUCUGAAGAACUUGAUUUGUCCAAUCUGGAAUCCAAUCAUGGGGGCUCAAUGAAUUCUAAGAUCGUGUCUUCGGUGCCACCGAGGAAGCAUGGGGUUGAAGAGUUCUUGAAUUCAGAGAAUGACAAGUCUGACUAUGAUUGGCUUCUUGCGCCACCAGAUUCACCUCUUUUUCCUACUUUAGAGAAAGAAUCACAAAUAUCAGUGAAGAGUGAACAUGAGACUCAUAAUGCUCGCCCAACAGCUUUGAAACCUAGGGUCUCUAAUAUCCAAGUAGAACCUGCUUCAAGAAGCAAUGUAGUUUCUAAGCAUCAUGCAUCAGUGCCAGGAAUAGGUUCUUUCACAUCUGGUAGGAAACCUUCAUCUGGAGCUCCAACCCCAGCCACUUCAAGAUCUUCAACUCCCUCUGGAAGGCCAACAUUACCUUCAACAGCCAAAUCCUCUAGGCCCUCUACACCUACCUCCAGGGCUACCUUAACAUCUGCAAAAGCAUCAAUUCCACCAGUGAGAGCUUCCACUCCUACAAGAUCCACUUCCAGAUCCUCAACACCUACUACUGCAAGGCCUUCCUUGGCACCCCCCAAGACAUCUCAAAGAUCAGCAACACCAACACUUAGAUCAUCAACUCCAUCAAAGGCAUUUGGAGUAUCUGCUCCUCCUUCUAGGCCUUCAUCAGCAUCAAAGGCACGCCCUGGCCCUCCAGCUGCUAAGAAUCCAGUGCCAUCACGUGGAAGCUCUCCAUCGGUCAGAUCUAGACCCUGGGAACCCUCUCAAAUGCCUGGUUUCUCUCUUGAUGCUCCUCCAAAUUUGAAGACAUCAUUGAUAGAUAGACCAGCUUCAGCCACAAGGACUAGGCCUGCAGCACCAAAUUCUAGAUCAUCUUCUGUUGACACCAGUAGCAAUGGAAAAUCUAGAAGGCAGGCAAGUACCCCUACCAAAGGAAGAACUUCAACAGGGUUGGUCCACAAUAAUCACACCUCUAUGCAAGUUUUGAGCAGAGCUCGUUUCACCGAUGCUAAUGAUGAAAGCCCAGUUGUGAUUGGGACAAAGAUGGUUGAGAGAGUAGUGAACAUGAGGAAGCUGGCUCCCCCAAAACAUGAUGACUAUCAUUCUUCUCGUGACAAUGCCUACGGAAAAUCAUCUUCUGGUACCUCCGGAUUCGGAACUACUCUUUCAAAGAAGUCCUUGGAUAUGGCUAUGAGACACAUGGACAUAAGGAGAAGCAUCCAGGGCAAUCUGAGGCCUCUUGUGACAAGCAUUCCAGCAUCCUCUAUGUACAGUGUGAGAUCAGGUAGUUCCUCAAAGAGCAGGACAGUGAGUGUUUCCGAUUCUCCACUUGCCACAAGCAGCACUACCAGCUCUGAACCAAGUGUAAAUAACAACUCCACAUCCUAUGAUGGAAGUGAGAUUGAAGAAAAUGAUUUUGGAAGUGAUGGCUUGGCAUGACCAUUACUGUUCUAGCCACUUUAUUUGUAUGUGGUACAACAAAACAACACAGAUAUUCAUGUGAUACCAUGUUUCCAAAUAGAUGUGCGAGUGAAAAAAGUUUGUAGUACAGUAGACUACUAGAGUUCUAAAACAAUAGAAGUGUGCAUCCAGAGAUUUUAUGAGUUUGUCGUAGGAAAAUACUUGAGGAUGUUCGUGUCCCGAGGAUUGUUUGUACCGAACCUUGAACUACUGAUUGACAAUCUCGUUCAAUUUUUACCCACCAAAUCUACGACAGUUGCUUU